AAUGGCUGUGGGCCAAAGUGUUUACAUGCAUUUGAUUGACAUGGACAUAGUCCAAUCCUAUGUUUACUAUGUGCUCACUGGUUGGACAGCCCCAGAGGGGGCGUAUCUAGGGACACAAUGCUUGUUUCAUUACUAAAUCUGAGCGCGUUGUUGGGGGACAUUGUUGGUAUAAAAUGUAUUUUCUUCGAAUUUUGUUUAGACGGCAUCGGAAUUGGAAUAUGGCAAUGGGACCUGGAUGUUAAAGGAACGAUCUACAAUUUAUACCUUGUUUAAAGGCAAGCCUUCCUGGAUGUUUCAGUUUAAUAAACCACGGACUCUGGAUAUUACACUUCCCGAAUCACAAAGAAAUGACACUAGAAUGAGUUGCAGAGCAACUUAGCCAGCCGAAAGGGUUAUGCAUAUCCUUUGAACCAUGGCAUGGAUAAAGAGAGUGGCGUGAGAAUGGAUGGCCGAGAGUUUGUACACAUACCUCCACCACUUCUACCUGGGCUUCCUUUGGAGGGAGUCCGAGGUGGAGUUGUUGGUGCUACUGGGCGUCUUGUAUCAUCUACUGGACAUCUUUCUCCACUGCCAACAACAAAGUACCUACCAACAGCUCUCACUUUACACUCCCACCCAGGUUUUCCACACUUAGCCAACAAUUUUUAUCCUUCAUACAUUCCCAUAAAUCAACUUGAUCCUGCUGGCAUUCGAAGCCCUCUACUGUCUCAGAUUGGAAACCCCAGUAUUUUUGAGUCGCAAAAAGAUGGCUUUUACUUAUCUAGCCAUGUUAACCAGCCAUCACUACACUCUCAAACAUCCAUAUCAAGGACUUUAGCAAAUCAGGCACAGAACUCUCACCAUAAUGAAAAGGACACAACUGGUCACUCGCAUAAAUGCUCUAAAGAAUCGGUGAAGGAAACCAAAGAGCGAGUUUGCAGAAAUGAGCUUAUGGUGACCUCAUCAAGGAAAGAAGGAAGAUUAACAGAGGAUCCACAGGCUCGGAGUGUACUUGACUAUGCUUUGGAAGGUAGACUUGAAAGUGAAAGGAAAAAAGGUGGGCAACAAAGGAUAUCUAAGACAGGGGAAUAUGUGUCUCCAUAUAUGACCGAGCUUGUGCUAAAUCAUGAAUCAAGUAAUGUUGAAACAAAGGCUAAAAAUCCACCUCAAACAUCUUUGUCAAAUAUCUGUAACACAGGGGGCGAGCCACAGACUAAGGUGGCAGGCUAUGAGCAGGAUAAGUGUGCCAAAGACACCAGCAGACAUGAUGAAAAUAUGAGGCCUUCAGGACACACAUAUAAAGAUCAAGCUAAGACUUGUCACAGUUUAGGGACCUCGGAUAGAAAUAUCCCUAUAUUGUGUAGCUGUCCUUCUAUACAGCCCUCUCAGACACCCUCCACAUUUGCUGGACAUCCCACCCGUUCUGCUGCAUGUGCAGCCUUUCCUUUAGUCAAGGAGUCCGCAAGGGAUCACAAGGUCACUGCACCCACUUUUGUGCCUUCAGUUGACACACGUGAUGAAAGGAAUGGGCCUGUACAAAUUGCUUCACAGGCCCGAGAUGUAAAAGGAAAAGAAGUAAAUAAAGCAGGAGAAAGACCUGACGUUUCCCAUCAUAUUUUAUCUCCAGAGUACUCGUCCAAUAGUGAACUCAAAAGGGUAGACGCUCUGAAGGAAAAAGGCUCUUUAAUUCGGUCUAACUCCUCUUUUAAACGGGCAGCCACAUCUGACUUUUUCUUAAACCACCUUGGGCAUGUAUCCCAAGAGAACAAGGACCUUAUCAACUGUAAAGAAUCUAAGGAAUCAAGCAAGGUGUAUGAAUUGGCAGAGCUCCAGCAAAAACGUAAAGAACAUUCCCAUUUGAGACUGCAGGAGCAAAAAUGGAAACCUUUUGAAAUGGGCAACUUUGCAGCCACACAAAUGACUGUUCUAGCAGCACAACAUUCCCUGUCAAGCCAUGCAGAAGGGGAAACAAAAAAGGUUUAUUUGGACUCUCCAAGCCUACCUAGGUCUUCAGUUAGUAGUCGAAACGGUACAGAAUCUUUGAAUCCCUCUACUCUUGGUGAAACAUCUGCCAUGCAAAACCUCAUUAAAUAUAGUGGAAGCUUUGCCAAAGAGACAGCUGCAUGGCAGGGCGGUGGCAAGAAAAAUGCAUUUGGUGGUCUUGGGACCAUGAAGUCAGAUACCGUAGAUUUUAAUAAUGUCAAGAAUCAACAGUGCCUGUCACAUUCAGGAGGGAAACGGGAUCCUGAAAGGUCAGAAAGUGCCAAAUCCUUUGGACGGGAAGUCAUAGGUGCCCAGGGAGAGGUAGAAGUUCGGCACCCACCUGUAGGGAUUGCUGUGGCUGUUGCUCGGCAGAAGGAUAAUUCCGGAAGUAAGACUGGCAGUUCUAAAGGCCCAGAACAGUCAGAGGAGAAUGGUCAUGAACAAAUUCGACACAGGGAGGAUCGCCUGUUGAUGGGCAGGUUGGAAUGUGAGCAGGAAAAGCUGCUUCGGGAAAGGAAGGACUUUGCAGAUUUUUCACGGAUUCAUCCAACUGGGAGUGGUGCAAAUGGAUUAAAUUCUAACUUAAUGGUAACUGGAGGUCCAACUUUGAACACAACUGGGCACUGGCCAGCUGAUUCCACUUCACAGUUAGCAGCUCAGACUUGGUUUCAUAGAGGAACUACCCCUCCAAUGUGGUUUACAGGUCACCCUUAUGGUUUUUCCCAUCAGACACUUCAUCAGGGAUUAAGUGGUACAUUCACUCCUGGAAUGACUUCCUCUCUCCCUUCUGCAUAUCAGUUUGUAAGAGAUCCCCAGACUGGUCAGAUUGUGGUUGUUCCUUCUGAGCAGCUAUCACAUUUUGAAAUUCUGGAUAGGUCUUCAGCUCUCUGGCAAGCAAUGUAUUCACCAACUCGCAGCUCUCUUCAGCAUGCACAUCAGCUUCAGCUCUUAUCUCAGCAACAACUUUUACGACAGCAUGAACUGUAUAUGCUGCAGCAGCAGGCAGCACAUGCACUGGAGCUGCAGAGGAGUGCUCAGUUAGAUGCUUUGGAACUUCAGAGAAGUGCUCAACUGGAUGCUUUGGAACUCCAGAGAAGUGCUCAGUUGGAUGCAUUAGAGUUGCAAAGAACUGUAAAUCUUGAUGCUCUAGAUCUACAAAGAACUUCGCCCCUUGUGGAAAGCUUUAAAGUUUAUGAACAACAGACAGAAGUGGAGAAUAAGAUUGCAAAGCAGAAUACAGGAACCUGUAAGCAGAGGUUGGAGUCACAUCCAAAUCUGUUAAAACAAACUGUCCUUUUACCAUCUGCCCCAUCUUCUUACAGUAAAUCACUCAGCUCUCCCCCUCUGUCCCCAAAAGCAAUUCCAAAAUCUGAGCAUACACAAGAAGGUCCAACCCAAGAAGAACAUUAUGAAUAUCUUUCAAAUUCUCACCCAUCUACCACUCCCCCUGAGUCUUCGCUACCACCCACUGCACUUAUAGCUACAAGAGAGGACAUAUGCGAUGAGGAAGCAGAAAAGAACAGUACAGAUAUGGAGAAAGGAAGCACUUCCUCAUUUACAGGUUUGCUUACAGAUCUUUCCUCGGGAUUCCAGUUCUCACCUAUUUCCCCAUCAUUUGAAAACCAUGCUUACCCAGUGCAACCAACUUCUGGACCUAAUGUAGCCUGUUCUAAUCUAGAUCUUCCUCUCCCAGCUGUUAAAAAAAUGGAAAACACUUCAGAGGCGAACACAAACCAGCUUGUUAUUUCUAAGCUUUUAGAACCAGAAGUACCUGCUUCUGCAGAAAAAAAACCUUCAGAGACCUUGUUAAACUCAGAGACCUUAAAUCACCAAACUCUUUGUAUUUCUAGUGCAGAUGAAAUUUCUGCAGAAGAUGCCGAAUACGAGCAUGAUCUGCAACUAAAGAAUGAAACUUCAAACUUUAACGACAAAAAGUAUCAAGAGCAACCAGUGUGUGAAACAGAUUGCUUCUCUGUAAGGAGCCUUAAGCCUGGAAAAGAAACUUGUUCAACUCAGACAGAUUUCAGCAGUUCCUUCAUUACAAGUGACAAGUGCCAAGUAAAUCUGGUCAUUCAUUCUCAAAGCUCUGAAAUUUUUCCAUCAACAAAUGAUAGGAAAAUUUUGAAUACACUCAGAAAUGAAGAAAGUGCACAUAGUAUACCCGUUGUCAUGAGGCCUAUUUCUGAUACUAAGUUUAGUGAAAUGGACAAGGUUACAUAUGAACUCCCAAGAACAAUACCUAUGGAUAUAAUAGCUGAGGAUCCCUUGGCUGGUAUGAAUGCCUUAGUUGCUGCAACAGAGAUGCCUGAAGCCAGUCCUCAGGUUUCAAAAGACAAACUGUUUCUGCCUGAUAUAAAUACGAAUCCUGUUCUCCAAGGCAUUGCCCUCCUUAGUGAAAUGGCAGAAAUUGAACUGGAAAAAAGGAAAAAAGAACUUGAGAACCAGCAAAACUGUCAUUCGCAAACGUCAUUAGAAAGCCUGUUGGCUGCCAGCUCACAAAUGUUGAUGGAGGUUCUGUCAUGCCCAGUAUUAGACUCUUUGAAAGCUGAAUCUAUUCAGUUGCCUCGAGAGCUGAAUCCUGACAAAAAGUACAGCUGGAUGCAAAAAAGAGAUGAAACGUUUUCCAUUAGAUCUUCCAUUGAGAAUAUGGACUCUGUGGAACUUGACUAUAGGCUGAGACUGGCAGAGCUUCAGAGGAUGUAUAAACAGAAGCAGAGGGAGCUGACUAAGUUACAAAGAAGAAGGGAUUCAGAGGAAAAGCAAGAUGAGAAGAAUAUAAAUUUGGCAAGAAGAGGUCCUGGCAGGCCACGGAAGAGAAAACACGAAACAAGUAGUAUGUGUUCCCACCUGGAAAGAGAAAGGAGUGAAACCAAAAACAUAAAGCUGAAAAAGUGCCUACUGUUCUCUGAAGAUUCUGAGGUGGGGGAGGAUGUGCUGAGAAGACAAAUGAAUGUUAUAGAAGAUGCCAUGAUAGAAAAUGUAGGUGGAAAAAUUAAAAACAGAAUCCGAAGCUGGGAAGAUGAUGCUAGAGCUUCAAGUUAUACCUGUGAGGUGCUGACCCAAAGCAGAAAGAAACAGAAAUCUAGUAACCAGGAGCUGGCAAACAAACUGGACAAAUCACUGUCCUUUACUAAGCAAGAAAAUGUAAAGUCAAAAUUUAAGUUUGCAUUCAGCAGUGGGGGGAGUCAGAAAUAUGAAGGAAACAGCAAGCAUCUGACAACUACAGAAUUUAAAGAAAACAAAACUCUGCGUUUCCCAAUGUUAAUAUCAAAUGAAGGUAAAAACAAAAUGGUUUCCAAAGUGAAUAUGCAUGUGAUACUAAAGGUCAAAGGACAGAUAAACACAAGUCACUCACCAGCUUUUUCAGAAAUUAGCAACUACUCCUACUAUACGGACACAGAAGAAGAGGAGGAUUAUCUGCGAAAUGAGUUGGUUUCACCAUCUAAUUCUCGAUUAGUGCAGUCUAGUAUGUACAGUAUGUUGCCUAGGAGGAUCAAGAUGACUCGUGGGUGCUUACAAUCCACUGAAAGGGCCAUCUCCAGCUGCAGUACUGUCAAAACUAAGCAGAAUUGCAGCAAGAACAAGCAGUUGAGUUUACUACAGGAUGCUGAAGUUAGAUCAAGCUUCAGUGAUUCAACGGAGGACUCGAUUGACCAAGACUUUACCUCAGAGGAGGAAGACUGUGUUAAUUAUGGCACAGAUCACUUGCCUUCCCCAAACAUGGAUGAAAGUGGCUUAGGUCUUCUUGCACGGUUUGCAGCCAGUGUGCUUCCCAAUCCCGUCACCUCCUCUCCUAUAUCCAUUAUCCAACUGGAAGCUAAACAAAAAGCUAAGAAGAAAGAGGAAAGACAGUGUCUAAUAGGCUCAGAAUUCCAGUAUUCUGAUUCAGAAAGGGAAUUGAAGGUUGUGAGAAAUCCCUCACCAAGCACAGUCCUUACAAGUUCUUUGGAAGUAGAGAGUGCUUUGCCAGUUUUAACUGAAGAAGAGACAUGUGUGAAAAGUUUAAAAAAAGGGAGUAUCAUGGACAGGCCAAGGAAAAUAAAGAAGUUCAAAUCCCCAAGAAAUUUAAGUGAGGAAUUUGGGCAAGAAGUUAGUGAUGAUGACCAGUGGGGUAGGCGCAGGAGUGAGCGCAUAUUCCUGAAUGAUGCAGUUAAUCCUUCAUCUUUAUUGCCAGUUCCUACAAAUGAUGUAAACUCAAUGUCUAAAUCCAAUCGCUACACCAAAAUGGCUACAGUUAGCCCUAAAAAAGGCAACCAGCGUAAAGACCACUGCAAGUUCUCAACCCAGGCCUGGCCACUACAACCUACAGGUGACACGCGUCACGGUGAAAAGGGCGAACCCGGACGCCGAGGGAGAUGGCAGACUCCAACUAGACAAACAAAGAUGACAGAAAUAAACAUCUGUUCCCUUAAUGUAAAAGGUCUGAACACACCCUCUAAACGUUACAAGCUGUGUCGAGAGAUGAAACGCCACAAGAAGAAGAAGGGGAAAGAACUCAUGCCUUCUUGCCUAUCUCCUAAUGGUACCUUGGCUUCUGUGUCUGUGAGCCGACUUAAUAUGACCAGUUCAGUAACCUGCAGCAGAAAGACCAAAUUAAAAUCAAAAACUAAGGACAUGAAAAAAGAGAAUCGUGGCAAGGGUGGAGCAGUGAGCAAACUUAUGGAGAGUAUGGCUGCUGAAGAAGACUUUGAGCCAAAUCAGGACAGUAGCUUCUCAGAAGAUGAAAAUGUUCCUCUGUGUUUACAUCCUGAGAGGCCAAACACUCCUGCUCCACGUUCCUGUAUUAUUGACAAAGAGGAGCUGAAGGAUGGGUUACGGGUUCUUAUUCCCAUGGAUGAUAAACUGCUUUAUGCUGGUCAUGUACAGACUGUCCAUUCACCAGACAUAUAUCGUGUGAUAAUAGAGGGUGAGAGAGGAAACCGUCCGCAUAUUUAUUGCCAGGAGCAGCUCCUACAGGAAGCAAUCAUAGAUGUAAAACCUCCCUCUAUCCGCUUCCUACCGGAAGGCACUAGAAUUGCAGCCUAUUGGAGCCAACAAUAUCGUUGUUUGUAUCCAGGUACCGUUGUGCAAGGGAGCCUGGACCAAAAAGAAGACUCAGACCUCAUUACAGUGGAGUUUGAUGAUGGAGACACAGGACGAAUACCACUCUCUCACAUUCGCCUGUUACCACCAGAUUACAAGAUACAGUGUGCAGAACCUUCUCCUGCUCUCUUGGUGCCCAGUGCAAAGCCCCGGAGUCGUAAAUCCAGCAAGGAACAAGUAGAAGCAAAGGAAGCAGGUUCUACAGGUUGUGAAGAAGUGUCAGUAAAAAGCAAGUCUCGGGGCCGAAAGCAAAAUCUUAAGCAGAUCACUGGAGAAACGAUAAUUAAUGAAGACACAGUUGACAAAGAAUCACUUUUGAGUACUAAAAUAUGUUUAGAAAAACAUGAAAGUUCACAGACAAGCAUAAAGUUGGGUACAAAAAUUCUUCAAAUACCAGAAGAGAAUUCACCUACACACGGAACACCAAAAAUCAGGAAGCCUGAACAGAUGAAGACUGCUAAACUCUGCAAUGCAAAGCAAACAAUUUAUACAGGGCGUACUUUGGGGAAAGUUGAAAAUGGAAAUCCACCAUGUGAUUUAACAGUAAACUUGUUUGACCAAUUAGAGGAUACAAAAAAGAUUAGAAAACUAGAAGAGCAGAGAGACUUUGUAUCACUUUCCACAAAACAAGGCAAAGCAGAAAAUGAUUUUUUUGUGAAGUUGGAUCAUGAAGGAGUAAUGUCCCCAAAAACUAAAAAAGCUAAGGAGGCUAUGAUGUGGCUUGAAGAUGCCAGUGUAACAAUGAAAAAAACCAGAAAAUGCAUUAUGGGUGUGAGUUAUGCUCCUGUAAAGCAUGAAUCCAAACAAAAGCUGUCUAGAUCUAAACCUCAUUUAGCCAAACACACUACAGCUUGUGAUUCUGAAGCCCUAAGUAGUUCAUUAGACAAAUAUAAAAAAAAAUCUGAUCAAAAACAGGGACUCCUAGACCCAAGGGAAGAAUCAGAUGGCAGUAGCAGCAACUCAGAGUCUGAGGGCGAAGAGGACAAAGAAAACAAACAAAAGCAAGCACAGGGAGAUGAAAGCUCUAGCAGUUCACAAUCUUCAACAUCUGUAUGCUUGUCUAAGUCUUCAUCUGGCACCAGCUCAUCAUCUUCCUCCUCUUCUUCAUCCUCAUGUUCAUCAUCUUCAGCUUCCUCAAGCUCCAGUUCAUCGUCCUCUUCAACAACAGAUGAAGAUUCUUCUAGUACUUCAGAGGAUGAAACCCAAGAAUUGACUUCAAAUCCCACAAAUCUUCAAAUAUCUCUUCAAAAGGGGAGUAUAAAACCUGCCAUUAAACCUGGAACUCCCCAAAUUCAAAAUCAAAGGCAAAAAAAACAAGAACAGAAAAAGGGCAGCAAAAACACACCUAAGAAAAGGGAAGGAAUUCAUUUGCCUACAACCAAGGAGCUUGCCAAAAGGCAAAGGUUACCAUCUGUAGAGAACAGACCUAAAAUAGCUGCAUUCCUGCCUGCUAGGCAACUCUGGAAAUGGUUUGGGAAACCUACUCAGAGAAGAGGAAUGAAGGGUAAAGCAAGGAAGUUAUUCUACAAGGCUAUUGUUCGUGGCAAGGAAAUAAUCCGAAUUGGAGACUGUGCAGUGUUCUUAUCAGCUGGACGCCCAAAUCUGCCGUACAUUGGGCGAAUACAAAGCAUGUGGGAAUCCUGGGGAAAUAACAUGGUUGUAAGAGUAAAAUGGUUUUAUCACCCAGAAGAGACCAAUCCAGGCAAAAAGCUAAAUGAUACAAAGAGCUGGGAUCAGAAAUCUGGUAAAAGUAGUCUGUCAGGUCUGCAGAUGUCCAGUCUAAGAAAGGAUUUUAUGGAGCGUGCCUUGUAUCAGUCCUCCCAUGUAGAUGAGAAUGAUGUUCAGACUGUCUCCCACAAAUGCCUGGUUGUUGCCCUUGAACAAUAUGAGCAAAUGCUAAAGACAAAGAAGUACCAAGACAGCGAAGACCUUUAUUACCUUGCUGGGACAUAUGAGCCCACCACUGGAAUGAUCUUUAACACAGAUGGAGUUCCUGUUAUCUGCUGAUUACCAAUGACUAAUGUGUGUUAUCCAAUAUGUGAUAUAUACCUUAUAAUUAUUAGACUAAAGGUGAACAUGGGUGAGAAAUAUAUGGUUUUACCCUUGCAAUCCGGUCCCAGAGGCCAGUAUCGCUGGAUAAAAGAAUACUUUUUCAGUUCGUGUUAGUUUGUGGAAAAGCUCUUAAGGGUCUGAUAAAGCAAAAUACUGAACAUAUUGAGCAUAUAUUACAUGUUGGCUGAGAAACUACAUACAGGAAUCAAAUUAAAUGUAAGAUGGUAAAAAUUGUUAUAUGAAAAUGUUACAUAAAACAAUCCAGUUUUAGCAAGUGAAAUAUGUAAACAUAAAUUACUUUUUCAGAAUUCAUUCUAUGAAUGGAUCGGCAUCUAAAGCUCACUUAUAUUACAAGAUUUUUUAUAGAGUAUCAUCUAGUGGGCGUAUACCUAAUAGAAGAAACAUUUGGCACAUGAGGUAAAUAAGACCAUAUCUUUUAACGUUGAAGACAAUUUGAAAAACAAAAGCACUUAAAAAAAAAUAUGGCUUCUACCAUAAUGACUAUGGAGGCUUUUUUUAAUUUAAUUUUUGUAAGCAGACUGUUACUGUUUCACAAGGCAUCACAUACCAUGUAUGCAUUAUUGGUCCUAAUUCAGCUGAUAUUUUAGGGCAAAACUUUUAGCCCAUUUAUAUAAAGUACACAGUCCAAAGCAAAGUUCAAGUAACUGCCCAGGUGCUGUCAGGUAGGAAAUAGCAUCAAUAUAGUAUAAUGUCACACUCAGGGACUUCUUAUUACCGUGAAGUCCCUACACUCUUGGCCCAGUAUUACUUGACCCAGUGCUGUAGUUGGUUAAACUGUAGAAACUGUAGCACAGUAUAUCUAUAUAUACUAUACAAAGUACUGCACUCACAGGGAUUGAACAAUUAUAUAUAUAGUCACCAUCAGUCAUUCAUUGGCUGGUUCUUACCACACUGACAUGCCCUCAGUUCAGUUAAAAGCAAGAUUUGGGGUAAAGACUUCUUUGAUGUCCUAACCUAGAUAUUUCUGGAACUAUGUCUGAAUGACUGAUUUAAAAUAGAAGGAAAGGUGGGGAAAAAAAGUGAGCUGCAUUGCAAGGUCUCACUAAAAAUCACCUUGCGUAACGUACUUCGCUACUGCUGUGUUCAUUCUCUCUUUAGAUCCUCUGAUAUUUCUUCCCCCUAGUGACAAGUGCUGGUUUAGGUCACCAAACUUAUGGUCUUUUUUCUCUGUGCUUGCUCUGGUGACAGCGGGUUGAGAAGGAGCAGAAAAAUGGCACAUGAGCAGACACAAAUAAAGAUCAGGGAAGUUCUGUCUGUGGAAGGUAUUAGUGAUACCAUUGUGAUAUCUUCUACCUACUGGCAUUUGGGUACAAUACUGAAUUUUAAAAAAUCUUUAUGGUGGUUUGGGAGACACAAAGAUGGGCAAUCCAGGGGUGCUGAACUUUAUUUGUACAUUUCUUGCUCCUUUAAUGUCUUAAUAUGUUUAAGUAACCAUUUAAUGAGUCUAAGGGGAACCCUGGCUAAAUGUUCAAAACGAGGCCUGCACCAUAUAAGUCAAAUAACAACCAAGUUAGUAAUAAAAAGAAAGAAGUCUUAAAGAAAACAACAAAACUGAAAAAGCCAAGAGGAUAAUAACAAAUAGCUUAUCUGAGCCUUAAAGGCAGGGGAACGAUAACUACUUGUUCAAACCACCUGGUGCUUUCAGCCCCAAUAAAUGUAUCCAAUCAGCAUUUUUUUUACUUAUAACACAGUCUAUAACAAAAUAUUUAAACAAAGGGAGUAAUGUCUUUACCAUAAUAAGUAUUAACCACUGACCUCUCAGAUUUAUUAUGCCUAAAUGUCCUGAUUGCAUUAAAGGCCAUCAAUUUUCUGUUAAAACAGUCUUACCUGUACACAGAAGCAACCUUAUGGGCAGUUAAUUAAGUUAUAUUACAUGGGCUGUGGCACAAGUUAUAGUCCCCCUUACCUUAUCUUUAAAGGGGUUGUUCACCUUUGAAUUAACUUUUUUUUGUAUUAUGUAGAGAGUGCUAUUCUGAGACAAUUUGCAAUAGGUCUUCAUUUUUUAAUAUUUGUGGUUUUUGAAUUAUUUAGCUUUUUGUCCAGCAACCAUCUGGGUUGGAUUUUCAGUGCCUAUAUGGUAGCAACCAGGCAGUGGUUUGAAAGACUGCAAUUUGAAUAGAAGAGCCUAAAUAGAAAGAUAAGUAAUAAAAAAGUAACAAUAAAAUUGCAGCCUCACAGAGGAAUAGUUUUUGGCAGCCGGGAGUCAGUGACCCCCAUUUGCAAGCUGGUAGGAGUCAAAAGGGGAAGGCAAAUAAUUAAAAAAAACAAAUAAAAAAAUAAAUAAUGAAGAACAAAUAAAAAGUUGCUAAGAAUAGGCAAUUCUAUAACAUACUAAAAGUUAAGCUGAAGGUGACCCAUCCCUUUAAUUGUUCUGUUUGAGGAUAUAGAAAUUUCUGCAAGUACAAGAAUUGCAGCCCUGUCUAUAACAUGUAACAAGGUCAGUCUUAACUAAAAUCUCAUGUAAAUUAUGAAAACUAUAACCAUAACAGAAUCUUAUGGAAGCAACUAUUUUCCAAACAAAAAUUAAUUAAAAUAAAUUAAUUUAAUUAAACUCCAGCAACAAUAAAACUACACUAGUCUGUACCUUGUUAUGGAGACUGCUUUCGUCUAGAGCCUCGACCUCUGUCAUCAGAGAGUGCAAGGAUUGGAUAUUGCUAACAUGCUUAAUUGCACCAGUGCCGUUAACCAUAGCAACCAAUCAGACCUUUAGUUUCAUUUUCUAUCAUGUAGCACACUCUUCAACGAAAAAUAUUAGUUGGUUGCUGAACCUAUGUAAUAAGUUAAUAAAUGGAAGGAGGACUAUAACUUAUAACUCAUAAUCCACAUAAAACAUUUAAUUACCUGCCCAUUUAGUCUGUUCUAUGUGUACAAGACUGAUUCAAUUUUUAACUAUAAACUGAUGCCCAUCAUUCUGCAAUCAGUGUCUUUAGGGUACAGAUUCACACUACAAGCCAAAAAUGUAGAGACCAGUUUUAUUCAUUGUGUUCUUUCUACUACGUUUUAUGCCUCACUGAAAAAAGGUGUAAAAAUCCUUAUUAUUUUUCUCUUUACCUUUUGUCCCCACAAGUUUAUUCUGUCUGUUUUGUUACCACAUGGUGAUUGUAAGACUGUACACACUGAUUUAUUUACAGUUUGAUCAUUUUUAAUCUUUACCUAAAGGAUACCACAGUUAUGGUUUUAGCCUGUCACUGGGUGAUGAUAUCAUUAUGUACUCAUGGGAUGCCUCCACCAGCACAGGCGCACACACAUACAUAAGUAUGGGAUCCAUUAUCCAGAAAGUUCUGAAUUACGGGAAGGCCAUCUCCCAUAGAUUCCAUUAUAAGCAAGUAAUUCUAAUUUUUAAAAAUGAUUUCCUUUUCUUUGUAAUAAUAAAACAGCACCUUGUACUUGAUCCCAACUAAGAUAUAAUGAAACCUUUUUAGAGGCAAUACAAUCCUAUUGGGUUUAAUUAAUGUUUAAACAUGGCAUACCUGCACUUUAAAUCUUUCUGGAUAAUAAAUUACUGAACAAUAUAUUAUAUAUAAACAUAUAUAUGGCACACUUUAAAAUCUAAAUCUUUUAUUUGCUCAAAGAUGUGUUGUUCACAAGGCAGUCCUAGACCCAGACCUAAAUAACAGUUUUUUUUAAUAAAAUAAAAUUAUUUUAAACAAGACCUUGGGUGUGCAGCACUUUUAGUUGUCUGCAUAUUGGGUCACCACUGCAGCAUUGGGACAGGGAUGCUUUUUUAGGAAUGUGAGUAACUUGUGUGUGUAUAUUACACACAAUUACUAUAUAAAACCUUCUAAACUGUGAAUUUUAUACAGUACUAACAAAAUCCCAUGCAGCCUGCCAACUAAAUUUUGCUUUAUUUUCUCUGACAGUAAUUGUAAUUUUCUGGCAUAAUGUGCACACUUACAUUGUCUCUUAUUAAUGUAUCUGUUGUAAGGGAUGCAAGGAAUUUACACAAAACCCUGGUUCAAAGAGCUUCACUGUAGUUAAUCUUUCGUUUCCAUUUAGUACUGACAACAGAAAGCACUUAACUGCCUUUUUUGAGCACCGUGUUUUUCCAGAUAUUCCCAUGGUGCAGAUAAUUUGACCUUCCUGUAAAUUAAUGUUCUAUUUUUUUAAACUGUUUGUUUUGUUGGGCAGUUUGGUGCAUUUCAUUUUCAUAAAAAAAUAACAUAGAAAUUAUAGUUGUGUGAUUUGUUUACCAAGUACUUAAAAUAUAGCUGGAUUUCACUGAUGUGCAAUUUACAGUGUACUUGCUUUAUAGCUCCUGCUAAUGUUGAUAAAGAGGCCCAACAAAAAAGGCAGAUCUAUAAUAAAACUGCAGCAAUAUAUACUACAUCUUUAUAGUUUAAAAAUACACUAUCAUCAAAAAUAAAGUUUGUAUUUGUGUCUGAAAAUAA